AUGCUGUGUAUAGUCGACGGUAUGGCUCGUCAUUGGAAUCGCGAAGAAACCGAGGAAUUUAUACGCUACGCAAGGCGUAGCUUCAACGAAAAGGAUAGGCACGCACUCGAAAACAAACUCAGAGGUAGCGCGGAGCAUGGUCUAAUCGGUCACACAACUCACGAACAUGGCAAAGAACGCUUCCAAAAAGAUGAUGGCGACAUCAUUGGAGAAUGUGUAGAUGAGCUGUGGCACAGUGAGGAAAAAAUGGCGACAAUCAUCGAGGAAGCCAUCGAAAAUGCAUCAACUUCAUACGAGAAGGUCAAAACAAAUGGUUUAAAAGAUGGACUUAAGCUCACAUCGGAUGUCGACAAACAACUCAUCUCAACCGCAUGGAAACAUGCCUUCACAAAGAGUAUUAUCAAGUUCGCCGUGCCACGUAUAAGGGAAGUAUGUGCUAAAAAGGCUAGGGAUGCUGGACUGUGCGCGAUCAGCGAGGAGGACUUCAACGACCUGGCUCCAGAGACUAUAUACAGUAUCAUAAACGAAAGGAUAGGACUUGUGAAGCGAUACGUAUCCAUCGAUGUGGCUGCAAUCACGCGAGAGAUGGAAGUCAUGCAAUUUUGCGGUGUAUUUAAAAAGAACAGCGAGGCCGGUGCGGUAUAUCAAAACUGUUCGACAUUAUGGCUGAAAUCGGAACACCUCUCACCACAACACCAAAGGGAAACUCUCAAGGUGGUAGAAAAGAUCAAGAGAAUACCUUUUGAGCUGUGCAAAAAAUGCAAGAUCAUGUUACAGGUCAUUUCGUAUGUCCGUGUCGUACUAGUUACCGGCGAAAACGCUGAAAUAAAAAGGCACACUGAUGAGCUUGAUUGCGGAGUGAUGUUCACUGUACUUUAUUUCGCUAGUAUACAAUCGCAAGAAAAUGUCUACCUGGAUGUACAAGUUAGAGGUGUGGCACGUAGGAUAAAGCUGGAGGCGGACCAGCUUGUAGUACUAGGAAACGACGCUUCAUAUGAACUAAAACCCAUAAACGGCAAAAUAUUCAUCGUCGAGGCAUGGAUCACAGGUGCAAAGUGA